AUGUCUUCUACACCUUAUAUUGAAAUAGACUGGUCUUCCGCUUCACAACAUUCUUACCCUCAACUCGAUAUUGAUGAUAUUUAUCCUUAUAAGUACUCAACUCAUCAUUUCGAUGACAAUGAUUUGGAAGAAACCUAUGACGAGGACGAAGAAGAUUAUUUUUAA